AUGUCUGCCCAGCAGCAGCAAUUCUACCCUCCCCCUCCGGGAUCGGGAUCCGUAGAACAGCACCAUGGCCACCAGCAAUACUCGGCGCCUCCGCCUCAACAGCAGCAUCAGAAACAAUAUCCUCCCCCGCCAACGUCUCCCCCGGCGAACCGCACGCAGUUUUAUCCUCCUCCACCUCCUUCUUCACAGGGGCCUCUAGGGCAACCGAUGCAAUAUCAUCCUCCUCCUACGCAGCCCUCGUCUGGACAGCAGGUUCACUACCCGCCGCCACCCCAGCAGACGCCAUCCCCUCAGUUGACUCAACAUACAGCCGCUCAGCAGUUCCCGCCGCCGCCGCCGCCGCCGCCGCCGCCGCAAACUCCGCCUCAUCAAUCUCACCAACAGAUCAUGGCACAGCAGUACCCGGCCUCCCCUCCUCCGUCUUUGCCACCGGCUGCUCAUCCUCAACAACAGCAGUCUCCCCUUGUCAUGAGACCAGCUUCGAUAAGCGAGCCCUCCAAACGGCCAGAGCAGCCGCAUUUUGAACCGCCUCCCUCGUUCCCUGAUGCUGAAGCGCCUUAUUUGCCAGAGAAGGAUGGGCAACAGGAACCACUGCCGAACACCAGCGACGCCGCAAAUCUGGCUAGCGGAGCUCCCCCAGCUGGUACAUUUGUCGGUGCAGGUGCAGUCGUUGACGACGUGGGAACCUUUAAUGGAGGAAGCUACAGGAUCAGCCACCGGGACUCCAACACCAUACUGACAAUCCAGCUGGCUAUUGGUUGUCCCCUGCAAGCAAAGCCUGGCGCAAUGAUUGCCAUGUCUUCGACGAUGCAGUUGCGUGGAGAGGUCAAGUUUAGCGUCAAAAAGAUGAUUGCAGGUGCUGAAAUGAGCAGCUCCAGGUAUGUUGGGCCAGGAGAGCUUCUUCUUGCCCCUCCUAUGCUGGGGGACAUCACCAGCAUUCGCAUGACUGGUCAAGAAAGCUGGGUGGUUGGACACGACGCCUUCCUCGCGGCGACUCAAGGUGUCGUCAAGGAACACAAACGCCAGGGGUUGGGGAAGGCUUUCUUCAGCGGAGAGGGACUUUGGGUGUAUCGAAUGAGCGGCACGGGAAUCAUGUGGAUCACCAGCUUUGGAGCCAUCAUUCGCAAAGACCUGGUGGAUGGUGAGAAGUACAUUGUCGAUAACGGUCACUUGGUGGCGUGGAACACAAAGUAUGUUCUUGAGCGCGUGGCUUCCGGCGGCAUCAUCUCCAACAUAGCUUCUGCAGAGGGAUUGGUGUGCAAAUUUACAGGCCCUGGAUCCGUCUUUAUCCAGACUCGAAAUCCUAAGGCGUUUACCGCAUACAUGGGUGGUCAGGCAGUGCAAGGCUGA